UUUCUAUUGGACAAGAGGAGAUUUCUAUAAUCGUAAAGGAUGCUGCUGAUCCUGGUGCUGAUGCUGCUGUAAGGCGCGCGCACUCAGAGCUCCUCCUCUGCCGUCGGCGAGUGGUCACAUUUUUCUCUCUCUGCUCAAUGAGACCAAGAGGGCACCGGAGAGGAUUUCCUAAACUCAACGUGCAGCCCAGCCGCGUGCCUAUUUUUUUCCCCUGUCGCCUUUAUUAAAGUGGAGCCUAAUAUGAUGACAUCAUUUGGUAAACUGGAUCCUGUACAGCACUGGAAACCUUCUCAUCUUAUUUGAAUCUGAGCGCAAUACAAUGUUUUGCUUCCCAACGUUCCAAGCAACCUGUUAAGAACAAGGACACUGAGAGCUGCACCAACAUGGCUUCAGAUCAGCCUGACAUGGACUCCCCGGAGAAGUGGUCUACAGAAGAUCCAGGCUGUAAGCAGCUGGGCCGAAGGUAUAUGCGGAAAAAGCUCCGGCCUGUGCGGGUUUUGGGGUUGGUCUUCAGCCUGUUGGCUUUAAGUGCCGUCUCCAUCAGUGCCUUGAGCAGAAGUUCAGAUGGGCUCAACAAGCCGUUGUUCCCCCAGGUGGCUCUUCAGGAGUCGGCCCCGCACAGGACCCUACUUUUCACACCACAGCAGGGGGAUCAAAAUGUGUCCGUUGACAUGCCCAUAGCCAUGAAAUCCACAGCUGACAAUGCAACACAGGGGGAGUACCCGCGGGACCUUUUUACGCGUGAAGAGAGGCGCAAUGGAGCAGUGGUCCUCCACAUGUUUGGCAUGAUCUACAUGUUCAUUGCCUUAGCCAUCGUGUGCGAUGAGUUCUUUGUUCCAGCAUUGACGGUGAUCACAGAGAAGCUCUCCAUCUCAGACGAUGUGGCAGGUGCCACCUUCAUGGCAGCAGGCGGUUCAGCACCAGAGCUCUUCACCUCCAUCAUUGGAGUCUUCAUCUCGCACAGCAAUGUGGGCAUCGGCACCAUCGUAGGCUCAGCAGUCUUUAACAUCCUUUUUGUCAUAGGGAUGUGCGCCAUCUUCUCUAAAGAGAUUCUUAAUCUGACAUGGUGGCCUCUUUUCCGAGAUGUUUCUUUCUAUAUCCUGGAUCUGAUCAUGCUCAUCAUUUUCUUUUUGGAUAAUGUCAUCUCCAUCUGGGAAAGUAUCACGCUGCUCUCUGCCUAUGCCGCCUAUGUAGUGUUCAUGAAGUUCAACAGCACAGUCGAGGGCUUUGUUAAGGGUUGCAUGCACAAGAACCAAGUGGUGGAAGUGGAGGUACAGCCAAAGGAUGAGAAGUUGAGCCCCGGGGCACCAGACGAAGAUGGCAAGUUGUCGGCCAGGCCUCGUCUGCAAAGGGGAGGUAGCUCUGCCUCUCUGCACAACAGUUUGAUGAGGAACAGUAUUUUCCAACUGAUGAUUCACACACUUGACCCUUUAAGUGAAGAAUUUGCUGACUCUGAGCUUGGGACUUAUGGGAAACUAAAAUAUUAUCACUCAAUGACUGAGGAAGGUAAAUUUCGUGAAAAGGCAUCUAUCCUUCACAAGAUCGCUAAAAAGAAAUGCCAAGUGGAGGACAGCGAGAAGGCCAAUGGUGUGGCAAGCCGUGCAGAAAAGAACCUUCCGAACAGCUCCAGUGUGGAAGUAGAGGUGACCCCACCGAUGAACGGAACUGCGGGGCAAGAGGGGGAGACGGCUGAAGAUGAAGAAGAGGAGGACCAGCCUCUGAGCCUGUCCUGGCCUGAAUCCAGCCGCAAACGCUUCACCUACCUCCUCAUCAUGCCGAUUGUCCUCCCCCUGUGGCUAACUCUCCCUGACGUCAGGAAAACGUCGUCAAAGAAGUUCUUCCCUGUUACAUUCUUGGGGGCCAUCUGCUGGAUUGCAGGGUUCUCCUAUCUGAUGGUGUGGUGGGCUCACCAGGUUGGUGACACCAUCGGGAUUACAGAGGAGAUUAUGGGUCUGACUAUAUUAGCAGCUGGAACUUCUAUCCCUGACCUCAUCACCAGUGUUAUUGUUGCACGUAAGGGGCUGGGUGAUAUGGCAGUGUCCAGCUCUGUGGGCUCCAACAUCUUUGACAUUACUGUCGGAUUGCCAUUUCCCUGGCUAAUGUGGUCCAUGUUCCGUGGCUUCUCUACAGUGAAGGUCAGCUCCAACGGCCUCUUCUGCGCCAUCGUGCUCCUCUUCCUCAUGCUCCUCUUCGUUAUAAUCUCCAUCGCUGCGUGCAAGUGGCGCAUGAGCAAGCUUUUGGGUGUCAUCAUGUUCAUGCUGUACUUAGUCUUCCUGGUAGUCAGCGUCAUGCUGGAGAACAAGGUGAUCAACUGCCCUGUGACGAUCUGAGAGACCUGCCGAGGAGCUGUCCUCUCCUCAGCAAACUCGCUACCAUCCAAUAACCAUCCACAUAGUCUGCUGUCGAUCUCACCUAACCCUCAUGACCCUUUCCACCACAAGAACCAUACAUGAGAAUAAGAGAAAACGGG